ACAAACAUUGAUAACUGUUUAUCCGUGACCCUAUCCUAAAUUAUGUUUUGUUUGUGAUAGGUCCAUGGUCAUAGGCAGUAUUCUAACGUUGAAAAUGACUCACACACAGAGCAUCAAGUGUAACAAAAGAUCAUGCAUUUGUGAAACUUCAGUGCUCUCUGCAAAAUUCUAUAAAUAACAGAACAAAAUGUCGGUGUGGACCAGCGCAGCAUUGGUUGCGGUGACUGCUGUAAUGGUGACUUGGUUACCCGGCUUCUUUCGACAGCAACCUCCUGUGAUCGUCGACGGAUUCGUUGCAAAAGGCUUUGAAGAGGUUGAGAAGGCUUUCAGGAGAAACUAUGUGACGCAUGUAGACCAGCGCGAAGGGGGCUCUGCCUUCUCGGUUUAUUACAAAGGAAAGAAGGUUGUGGAUAUAUGGGGAGGGUAUGCUGACUAUGACAGCAGACAAGAAUGGAGACAGGAUACCAUGUCUGUUUUCUUCUCUUCAACGAAAGGAAUAGCAUCAAUCUGCAUCGCCAUGUUGGUUGACAGGGGUUUAUUAGAUUAUGAUAAACCUGUAUCAGAAUACUGGCCGGAGUUUGCACAGAAGGGAAAGGGAAAGGUCACAGUUAGACAACUCAUGGAACAUAAGGCAGGCCUUCCGUUGGCUGCCCCACCAGGAUUGAACUUCGAACUCCUAAGCAACGUCGCCAAGGCAGGCAAAUUGAUGGCAUCGACCGAACCGUUGUGGGAUGUCGACGGGAAAACACACGGUUAUCACGGCAUCACCUUUGGCCCUCUGACUAAUGAGCUUCUGCGGAGAGUCGACCCGAAGCACAGAACCAUGGGCCAGUUCUUCCGGGAAGAGCUAGCGGAGCCCUUCGGUCUAGAUUUUUACAUUGGCCUACCCUUGGAGGAGAAUUAUCGUACUGCAAGAGUUCUGGGAGGUGGUACAAACGUUAUAGCGUCUUUACUUCAAGGUUUGAGAAGCCCCACAAACAGACAGAUCUUACUUCACAUGGUGAAAAACGAUCUCUUCUUGCGCAUUAUUGAAAACUCAGGACUUGGAGAUGUAGCAGUUUUCAACAAUCCAUACAACAGACGAGUAGAAUUACCAUCUGCUUUCGGCAUAGGUACUGCAGAAUCUGUUGCCAAGUUGUUCGGUAUUCUUGCCGCGGGCGGUGUGGAUAGCCGGACGAACGAAACUCUUAUUUCGCCGUCAACGAUUGGCAAACUGUUCACUUCUGGCACACCCACCUUCGACGAAACGCUUGGCGUACCGAUUGCAUUUAAUCUGGGUCUAAUUGCAGUUGACUUGGUUGGUGGAGAGAUGCUGUAUGGUCAUAACGGUGCAGGAGGCCAGUUAGCAUUUGCAGAUACCAAAAACCAGCUUGGAAUUGGAUUUGUGAGCAGUGCUUUAUCUCCUUAUUUCAUCCGUGACGACCCAAGAACGGAUGCUCUGCUUGCUGCUCUAUACAAAUGCAUACAAUCAAUAGAGAACACUUAAAGAACAUUAGAGUGAAGAAAGGACUUUACUUCUUGAGAGAGUUUUCGAACUGUCACGAGGACAAAACCGGAUUUAAAAAUUUGGUUUACUACUAUUACAUAGAUGCAUCAACGGAAAAAACAGACCUAUACAUCUAUGAUCUUCGUCUUCGUGAUAGGCUGCAGAGCCCUUUGAAGAUUACAGCAGAUGAUGAUGAUGAUGAUGAUCAUUCUACUAAAAUUAUAUAAUGUUUUCUCUUUUAAUUCCAUAUAAAUGAACUGCUAUUAUCUGAAUUCUCUUUAGGCAAUAAUUACAUACUCCUUUGAUAGAAGUUCCAUGGAAAUAUAUUGAAGAUGUACGAUAAAAGUGUUACGCUCAUACACAUCGAUUGCUUUGUCUAAUGUGAAUUCAUAUUUAAUCAUCCUUAUAUUCUGAAUGACUCCUAAAUGAUCAUUUUAUAUCAAGUAUCGUUAUUAAAGAAAAAUAUCUGACUACAAA